AUGAGCAAACGACAAUUCAAGUCGCAGGCCUCAAGCAGCCGGGCGGCAUCGGGGGUGGGAUUCGGAGGCUUCGGCUCGACCUCGUCAAGGAGUACUCUGUCCUAUUUGACUGAGCCCCCGAAUCUGUCUGGAAUCAGCGACGCGAACGUGGUUGUGGCGUUCAAGAACUUGUCCAAGAAGGAUGGUACAACUAAGUCGAAAGCGCUAGAGGAUCUGCGGGCAUACGUGCAAGCCCAUCCUUUCGAGAAAGACGGAGGCGUAGAGGAUGCCGUAUUGGAAGCAUGGGUCAAAUUCUAUCCUCGCAUCUCUAUCGACAACUCUCGUCGUGUCCGCGAACUCUCUCAUAACCUGCAGUAUGAACUCCUGAAAUCAGCUAGAAAGCGGAUGGAAAAAUACAUCCCCAAAAUUGUUGGCAGUUGGUUGGGGGGAACAUAUGAUAGAGACAGAGCUGUGGCAAGGGCUGCAAGCGAUGGAACGAGGUCAUUCCUCGACACUCAAGCCAAAAUGACCGUCUUCUACAAACGAUGCGAAGUUCCGGUCCUCGAAUACGCCCAGGAGGCUCUCGAGGAGACACCGCAAACUCUAAGCGACGAGAGGACCAUGAGUGCAGAUGAUGUCCAAGCCAAGUACUUUCGAGUAGUUGGAUCCAGUCUCUCUCUGAUCGCCAACUUGCUAGCAACAUUGGACAAGGACGAAAUUUCCAAGCACCAGGACAAGUACGAGGUCAUUUUGUCUGGCAACAAGACCUUGUGGUCUUUCGUGAAUUGCGAUGAUGCAUUUGUUCGGAGAGCAACCUCCCAGCUGUUGGCAAUUUGCUUGGCAAAUUUACCUGUGGCUAUCGAAGCCGACUUGAAACUGAUCAGCCACAUAUUCAUCGCCGAAGCGCUGAAGUCCUCUCAGACCAUGUCUGCGUUCCAGCUCUUGAAUGUGCUGGGCGUACUGACCUCGAAAUAUCCCGAGGUAUGGACUUCAUCUUACAAAGCUAGAAAGGAUCCCCUUUCUAAACUCCGUUCUUUUGUCGAAAAAGGUUCGCAAGGAGGACCUCCGGAUUACUGGACCAAUUUGGGUGCUGUUGUUCUCAAUCUCCCUGAGGGGGUCCUUCCUCCUCAGCCUGAUGCCCUGUUAGAUUUUCUGACGGCGUUCCGCAAUGGCGUUUCCAAUAGAGAGGAGCCCAGAACAAAUGCUUCAAUAGCAUGGGCUACUUAUUUCGAAAUUGCGGAGCGCUUCAUUUCUUUGCUAUCGCCAGAAAGUGUGCAGGGAAAGUUCUUACCAGAAGGCAUUUUCCCGUUCUUCGAGCAAUAUCUUCAUCCGAAUCCAGCAAAUAAUAGCUGGGCCAUUGGCAGUAACAUUUCCACCCUGGCCAAAGGCUUGGGAAUUUGCUUGUCAUACAAGGGCGACGGUAAGAUUGCGCUCGGUGCUGAGUGGGCCAGGCUCGAAGAUGACUUUGUCUCCAAAAUUCUCACUUCGUUACCCGAACAGUCAAAAGAUUACCAUGCUUCUCAGACUGCUGUAAUUUCAAUCAGCCAUCGUUGGUUCAAAUUAUUAGCAGAGGUUCUUCGAUCGAAGCAACAGGACUCUAUCGACCUCGUUCUGCCCUCUUCGCAACGUAUCGUCAAAAAAUGUCUGGAAUCAAUUGUCAGCAGGAACGGCAAGCCAUACUCCGCAGCGGCCACCGUGGAAGCGGCAUUGCGACUCACUCCAGCCGUUGUAGAAAGCUCGCCUGAGACCCUGGUGGCCCUAAGAUCAUUCCUUGAAGAUGAUCUACCCAAGUUAGUUCUGUCUCCUUCAGAACCAUAUCUCAUUUCGAUCUUGAAUCUUUUUGGUUCGUUGUCAGACGAAGAAGAAAAAUACAGAAGCAUUUGGGACAAGACCAUCGAUGGUCUUCUAGCACUGCCUAAUGAUGCGAGCCAGUCCCAAGCGAUUGCCAAAAUGUUAGCGAAUGAUGCAGUGUCCAAGGUGGCUCAAAAUAACCAUGCCCUCCAGGAAUUUAUGGUCAGUGGUAGCUUCAACGCUAUGCAGGGGAAUGCUGAAGGUCGCACUCUGUUUGAAGCUGCAAUGACCUUCAACUCCUUUUCAUCUCCUGCAUCUGUUCGUGUUCUAAACAAAAUACUCGCAUCUCUCGAUGUAGACAACCCUGACCUGGAUGGCGCUUUGAAGUCACUUGAAUUUGUAUCGAGGAAUCAACCCGGUCUUUUGAGCCGCUUAGGCGAUAUACACGUUACUCUGAUCACGAAGUUGCUGGGCUUGACUGAGCUGACAGACUCUCCGAUCGCCUCUCGUGCUAACACUUUGAGGACUGCGAUUGAGAAAUCAAUCAGCUCUGCAGAUUCGAAGAGCCCUCAGCAAAGCUCAAUCGUGUAUGUUAUACGAGAAAAUCUCGAAACUGCCAGUCCUCAAUCAUUAUCAGUCGAGACACUUGUUCAGCAAGCCAGAAAUCUCAUAGCACAGUCCCCGCAAUCAACUUUGGGGGCAAUUUUUCCAGAUACAGAUAUAUGGCUAGCAGCCAUGGGCCCGCUUCUCCGCCAGCAACCAAAUCCAGCGCUCGGUGUGAUGCGGCCAUUCGCUGGAGCCGUAUUUCUGUUGCAUCAGUCUUCAGCGGACACUGUUUCGCGGCCACCUAGAGAUUUCAACGGAUACUCUGCGCCGCUGAGGAUGGCAAUGUAUACAUCUAGCUUGCUGCUCCACGAGGAUCUCUCGGAUGUCUUACCUGAAGACUUGCAAGUCAAGCUAUUCUACCUCCUGGCCAUAACCUACGAGCUUGUCAACGAUCAAAUCGAUUUGCUUGAAGAUAAUAAAUUGUUCCAAUCACAUCAAGAGACCGACACCAUGAAUGAGGUCAUGCAGUUUCUACGGGACGUUCGUGAGAUUCUCAGCGAUGCAGCCGAGAAUGCCGUGUCAUGGCGCGACUCGGUUUCUGGAAAGCAAUCGCCUGAAGACAUGUCUAGCGUGGUUCAUUCUUUGGUACGGAACCUCAUCGAGUCGUCGAGUACCGAUGCCCCGACAUCUUACUACGCAUCGAAGGCAUUGAGUAGUCUGGUGCAAGCGCUUGUGUCUACCCACGGUUGGCAGAAUGAAGGUGGCGAGGGAUGGCUUUCGAAGCUAGACAUUUUCAAGACCGCGACAACUAAUAUACUGGGUGCGACGGCAAUCUUGAUCGGACUUGGAGAUAGUCUCCGCUCUAGCAAGCUCAUCAACAAUCUCUGCAACCGACUCAUCAGUGAUGUAGCAGGGGCUAAGGCAGAGUCUGAAAAGACUCUAGGCUUGAUGGUACUCAUGAACUCCGUCUUGGCAGUCUACGAUGACGAGGAUCUACCAGUCGCCAACAAUCGGCUGGUAUUUGCGAUCAAACAGAUACUCUCUUGGACGGACGAUUUGGCUGUAACGGACACUCGACUUGCCUCUGAAGUUUGUCGCGCACUGCAAAAGCUUUUGCCUGCCAUCAAAGACGUCUACGGCUCGUAUUGGGAAACUACCUUCGAAUUCUGUGUAUCCAUCUGGGAUUCAAGCAGCGAUGGUUGCCUAUCAGAUGAGCGACUCCCAAUGAUAGGCAUGUCUUUGAAGCUGUUUUCUAUCCUGAAAAAUAUUAUCGAUGAUGCAAAUGACGAUCUGAAGGAAGCCCAUGAUGCGUGUCUCGAACAAAUUUGCGAUGGCUUGGUGUCGCUUCUGAAGCUCGAGCGAUCGAAGGAAACUCAACCUCUCAAAUUCGUGGAUAGCUUGCUAUCACGACAGGUGGUGAGGAUUCCAUCGGACCGUAUAAAGGAUUUGUCAGAAUUUUACCCUCUGCUGGCAUCCGACUUUGAAAUGAUUCAAUCUGCCGCGUUUGAUUUCCUUCAUAAAGCUCUACCUAAGGUUCAACAGGAGCUCUCCGUCAAUGUUCUUUUGGAUGGAACAAGCGCUGCGCUACCUCUUGAACUUCUCUCACUCCUCCUCAAUACUCCCUCGACUGCUGACAUCCCCGAUGCAACCUCCUUUCCUCCGUCCAUCCGCGGCUACCUCCUAUCGUGGCUGAUCGUCUACGAAUCUUACAAAACCGCCUCGCUCAAAGUUCGCAAUGACUACUCCGAACUCCUCAAAUCAGAAGAUUAUAUUUCUCCCCUCUUAAACUUCAUGUUCACCGUCCUCGGCCAUUCAUCCGCCACCCCACUCAACCUCGAACGCGCCCGCAUAGACCCCUCCAUGAUCCGCUCUUAUUCUAUGUGGAAAGCAAUGGACUCCGAGUCCCCCUCGCGUAGCAUGAACUGGCUCCUCGUCAACAUCUACUAUCUCUCUCUUUGCUUCACUCCCGGCUUAGUACGGACAUGGUGGUUCAGCUGCGACUCGCGUCAAACCUCUCUUGCAGUCGAUUCUUGGACACAGCGAUUCUUCGCCCCCUUAGUAAUAGAAGACUCUCUCAACGAAGUGGAGAAAUGGUCUCACGACCAAGGAAUCCAGGCAGACGACGGAAAGGAACUCAUAAUCAAAGUUUCCAAACGCUCACAGGAGAUAUUCGCCGGCUAUGAGGUCGAUGACCUCACGAUGCGAAUCGUGAUCCGCUUCCCGAGCAACUACCCCCUAGUCGGCGUCUCCGUCGACGGCAUCACCCGUGUCGUCGCGUCCCAAACUAAAUGGAACUCCUGGCUUCGCAACACCCAGGGUGUCAUCACUUUCUCCAACGGGUCUGUCAUCGACGGCCUGAUCGCAUUCCAGAAGAACGUCACGGGCGCUUUAAAGGGCCAUACCGAGUGUGCGAUUUGCUACAGCAUUAUUGGGCCGGACCGCAAGACGCCGGAAAAGCGGUGCGGGACGUGCGGAAACCUGUUCCAUAGUGGUUGUUUGUUCAAGUGGUUUUCGAGUAGUAACCAGAGCACCUGUCCGCUUUGUAGGAAUCCGUUUAAUUAUGGAUUGCAGAGUUCGCGGAGGAGGGCGGAUUAG